AUGUUUAGAAGAUCAAAAGCGAUGGAUGGGACAGCCACUGGCCAGGGUCCUGAUGCAGAGAAUUGCAGUGGUAAAGAAGUGGGGAUCAAGAAAAAAUCUAAGGUCCCCGGGGUGAUGAUUACACAGUUUAUUGAGAUGCUGCCGGAGGGAAAGAGCCACCCAGACUUCACUCGCAAGCCAAUUGCUUUGACCAUCCAAGAGGGAAAAUUUGCUUUUUUUAAAGCCAUCGUCACUGGAGACCCAAAGCCAACUGUAACAUGGAGCAGAAAUAAUGGAGAUGUGUCAGACACAUCAAGAUACCAGACCAAAUACGAUCCCAAUUCCAAUGAGCAUACAUUUGAGAUGCCAAAUGUUAUGCCAGAUCAAGCAGAUACCUAUAAAUGCUUUGCCACAAAUGAAUACGGACAAGCCGUGGUCACAGUUGUUCUGAAUGUUAUUGAAGUUGGUUACAAAAAGAAUAAAGCCCAGCAACAAGCAGCAGAAGCCACUGAUGGGAACUUUAAGACCGUACUAAAAAGGAAAAGUAAGGUCCGACCCAAAUCUGAGCAAUCUGAGAAAAAAGAGGGAGAGAUUGAUCCUAAAUUUUGGGAGCUCUUACUUAGCGCUGAUAAGAAAGACUAUGAGAGAAUCUGUGCAGAGUUUGGAGUAACUGACUUUCGCUGGAUGCUCAAGAAACUGAAUGAAAUGAAGAAGGAAAGGGAGGAAGAACAAGCUCAGUUCGUCAAAACCCUGUCUAACCUGAGACCUAUUCAGGUCAAUGCAGAUGGUACUGCAUCCUUUGAGAUUGACAUGGACCUUCUUGACCAAAGCAGCUCGAUCUUCCUAUACAAGGAUGGUGAAAUGAUUCCAUAUACAAAGGAGUUGGGAGAUAAGAUGAAGCACAGCCUUAGACAAGUAGGGAAAAAGUAUGUUUUCAGUAUGAGGGACCUUAUGCCAGAAGAUGCUGGACUGUACCAGUUGGAUGUGGAGGAUGUGAAUAUGUUUUCUACCGAUUUUAAAAUCCCCAUGGUGGAUUUCUUGGUGAAAAUUCAGGAAGUGACAGCAAAGGAGAGGGAAGAUGCUGUGUUUGAGUGUGUCCUAUCAAAUCCCUUCUCCAAAAUUUUGUGGUUUGGCAAGAAUGUUCCUCUGGAACAAGGGGAUAAAUACGAUAUUGAGGUUUCAGAGGACAAGCUCAUUCACAGGCUGGUGGUCAAAGACUGCAUGGUGGUAGACAAAGGAAUUUAUUCUGCCUGUGCGGGAAUCAAAUCUUGCAAUGCAUGGCUUGUUGUUGAAGCUGACAAAGAUGCUCAAAAGGGCAAAAAAUCAGUGAGGAAAACAACAAGGGCAGGAGGGUCUGGAGUGGAUUUGCAGAAGAUUGCCCAAGAGCAACAAGCUAAAUUAGAGAAGGAAAGAGAAGAAAGGAAAGAACAGAUUAUAGCUGCCAAACAAGCUGCAGCGGCUGCACCUCCACCUCAAGCUCCUGUACCUAAGGCACCAAAAGACCCUGAAAAGCCUGGAAUUACCUGUGGACUCUCCGAUAUUUAUGCUCUUCGUGGAAAGCCGGCUGAAUUAACUGUGAAGAUGAACGUAGACUGUGAUGGCACCUGGUUCAAAGAUGGAGAGCAGGUAAACUCAGGUUCUGGGGUCACCAUAACCAAAGAUGGAACUUCUCACAAACUGACCAUUAAAAGCUGCAGAGAUGACGACUCUGGACUUUAUCGUUUUGUAUCAGGGGAACACAGCACACAAGGAAAGGUCACUGUUGGAGAUGUACCUGAAUUUGACCCGGACGACCUUCACAAAUUCUCCAAACCUGUGAUAGUAAGAGUGGGACAGAAUGCUGCUUUCAAGAUGCCCUUUGCGCCUCAGGAAUCUUUGGUGGUCAGUUGGUUUAAGGAUGGCACUGAGAUCAAAGACGGAGGAGGCGUUAAGAUCGUGAGGGAGCCCAAUCACAGCCGGCUGCUGCUCAGAGACUGCCUGCGGACAGACACAGGGGAAAUAAAGAUCCAACUCAAAAACCCAUUUGGGGCUGUGGAGGCCACAUCUCAGCUUAUUGUGCUUGAUCGUCCAGGUCCACCGGAGGGUCCAGUGGAGACUGUUGAAACCACCUCAUCUAUAAUCGAGAUUAAAUGGAACCCUCCCAAAGACGACGGUGGCUCGGCUGUCACCAACUAUAUCAUAGAACGACAGCAGGCAGGACACAGUCUGUGGACAAAACUUGGGGACGUCUCAGCUGACAGGACCUCCUUCAGAGACAGGAAUGUGACUCAUGGAAAGAAAUACAACUACCGCAUCUAUGCAGAAAACCCUGAGGGCCUCAGCGACGCCCUGGAGACAGCUGAUAGCAUUAUGGCUGGAAUAAUGAUACUCUCCGGUCCACCUGGUGCCCCCAAAGUGGUGAGUGCCUCUAAGACCUGCAUCAAUUUGACCUGGACGCCUCCAGAGGACGACAGAGGAGUACCAAUCAUUGGCUAUCAAGUGGAGAAACGAAAGAAGGACACAAAUCAGUGGAUUGCUCUAAAUGCAGUUAAUGAACCUAUUCAAGAUGUGAACUAUGCAGUUAAAGAUGUCACUGAGGGAGCAGAGUACGAGUUCAGGGUUUCAGCAAUCAACGAGUCAGGAUCUGGAGAUCCAAGCCCUCCAUCCGCAAUGGUGUGUGCAAAGAAUCCCAACAUGAGACCUUGUUUCAAAGACCCAGAGGACUUCAUUGUUGUCAGAGCAGGAAAUUCUGCUCGUGUCAAAAUUUGCUAUGAGGCUGAACCUCCACCUCAGAUCACUUGGCUGAAGGAUGAUGAGCCGAUAUCUCCGUGGAUAAAUAUCAUCAAUACGGAGGGAAUGUCACAGCUUGUUAUUCCCUCAUCAAAGCGGUCAGAUUCAGCCAUCUACACUAUCAUAGCCAAAAACUCUGUGGGUGAGGCUUCAUUCGACAUUGAGGUUAGAGUCACAGAUGAACCCAAGACUCCGGGGCCAGUGGAGUUGGAGCAAACAGUCCAUGGCAAAGUGGUGCUAUCAUGGGCCCCCUCUCCAGAUCAGGAGCUCGACGACCGCCUGUACUAUGUGGUGUCUCAACACGACUCCAACAACAGAAUGUGGAAGACUGUAGCAGACCGCCUCUUCACUAACACAUACACAGCCAUCAACAUCCUUCCAGGGAUAGAGUAUCACUUCCGGGUCUUUGCCAAAAAUGAUGUGGGCCUCUCAGAGCCAUCUCAGUCACCUACAUGGGGUGCAAACAGCAAUAGAGUUCAAAUAACUUCAAAUGGAGUAAAUUCAAGGGAGCUCUGCCUUGAGAGGCCGCCAUCCAUCUUGGUCCCUCUGAAGGUCCACACUCCACCUAAAGGUUACCAACUCUUCAUGACGUGUGCUGUCCGAGGAUGCCCCACACCCACUGUAUCCUGGUACCUGAAUGACAUCUGCAUCAACUCAGACAACAACUACUACAUCACCAACUCAUUUGGUGUGUGCUCCAUGUACAUCCUCAGAGUCCGACCAAAGGACAGUGGUGAAUAUAAGGUGGUUGCAGUCAACUCUUUCGGCAAGGCAGAGUGUUCCACUAAACUUAUUGUUAGAGAUUAA